CGAGGGAGCUCCGUGUGUGCGGGACUGUGUUAUUAAGAGACGCGCCUGUCUCUCUCUCUGUGUGAGAGUUUCGCUGACGCCUCCUCACACACCUGUAUCACAGGUACACAGUCACAACAUGGACGACUCGAAACUGAUCGUGUAGCUCCCCAGCGCGGCGCUUUCUCGGACGUUGAUCUUUGACUGGACUAGGGGUGUUUUAUCAGCCAUGGGUCGCUGUGAACCCCGGAUUAUUUCUCUGUGCUGUCUUCUCAUUUUCGGGUGCUGGCAGGCUGCUGCUGUAGAAAUGCAGGUUGAGCCGGAGGUGAAUGGGGUCGUGGGGGACGAUGCCACUCUGAGAUGCACGUUCAGAUCCACGUCUCCAGUGACGGGUCGCCUCUCCGUGGACUGGACUUACCGACCCGUGGACGGCGAGGCCUCUCACAGCUUCUUCUACUAUCAGUCCAAAGCCUUCCCCCAGACGGAGGGGCUCUUCAAGGACAGGGUCUCGUGGCAGGGGGACGUCAAUCGAGGGGACGCGUCCCUCCAGCUGCGGAACCUGACGCUUAACGACAACGGAACCUUCAUCUGCACUGUGAGGAACCCUCCUGACGUCCACGGCAACGUGGCCAAAACAGUGCUGACCGUCACGCCCCGAGGAAACCCCAUCCGGAUCACAGAGUUCUUCCUGCUGGCUGGAUUGGUGCUCCUCCCCUCGGCUCUCGUCGUCCUGGUGCUGCUGGUCAGAAUGGGCUGCAACAACGGCAUUCUGGGAAGGAGGAAGACCCACGUGCUUAAGAGGUCUCCCAUUGAAGCCUCAGACGGAGAGGAAGACGUUCACAAGAAGCCCAGUCUGAAGAGAAACAUCAUGCUGUGCUGUGUUUUCAGGACUCAGAUUCUGAGGAGGCCCUGUAUGCCAUGCAGAGGCGGCAAUCUGAAAUAAACGCAGAGUCAGAAUGCUAGCGCCCCCUAGUGGGUGGGAAGAUUGUUUCCCGUUGAAUUGUAAACGACUGAAGCGGACUUUGGCUGUGCUGAAGGAACACCUGACUGCACAGGACCGAGUGGAGUGAUCCUGCCUGCCCCAGCGCCGAGGGGAAGGGGUCUGAACGCAGAGGGGAUGCAACCACAGGCUGUCGGAGCCCCUCCUCCUCACCCCUCACAGGACUUACUCAGUUUUUAACUUGGACUUUCAAUAGAUUUUACUUUUAUUCUUAUCAAGAGGUCACCAAAGAAAGGGACGGGAUUCAUUCAAGCUCCUUACACCCAAAUCCUGUAUUAUUAUUAUUAUUAUUAUUAUUAUUAUUAUUUAAACUUGGAGGAAUUCAUUUAAGCAUGUUGAUGUAUAUAAGAUAUUAAUUGCUGUUUUUCGUAUGUCACUGUAUUUUCGGCCCGUGAUAAUAAUGCCAGACGUUUUUUAGUGUCUAGGAUCGAUGCGCUCAACACAAGGGCUGAAAACUGGGUAGAAGCGGUCUCCUGAUUUUAAUGUAAAUGUUAAAUAUAGAACUACAAACAUUGAAUGGUUUUAACCCUCGUGUAGGAAAACUGACUUUCCUGGUAACCUGGGGUCCAAUCAGACCCCAGCAAUAAAACAACUUAUAACUAA